AUGCAGGGUCAAGCUCGAACGGACGAGGAGUCCCUGAACAAGGGACGGAUCCGUCUGCCAAAGAUGUCGAAGGUCAAGAACAAGGCUCCAGCUCCGGUGCAGAUCACGGCCGAACAGCUGCUCCGAGAAGCUAAGGAGCGAGAACUGGAACUUGCACCACCGCCGCCAAAGCAGAAGAUCACUUCGCAGGAAGAACUCGAUGACAACAAAAUGCGAAGAAGAAAGGUCUUUGAAGACUCGAUCAGAAAGAACCGGACCACGAUGUCUAACUGGUUCAAAUACGCAGCUUAUGAAGACAACAUGAAGGAAAUCGAACGAGCCAGGAGCAUAUACGAACGAGCAAUCGACGUGGAUCAUCGAUGCAUUCAAGUCUGGCUCCGCUACGCCGAAAUGGAAAUGAGAAACAAGCAAGUGAACCACGCUAGAAACGUUUGGGACAGAGCAGUAACGCUCCUUCCCCGAGCCCAGCAGCUCUGGUACAAAUAUGCCUACAUGGAGGAAGUUCUGCAGAAUAUCACUGCCUGCCGAGCCGUUUUUGAAAGAUGGAUGGAGUGGGAGCCAGAUCCACAAGCUUGGCACAGUUACAUCAACUUUGAAUACAGAUACAAGGAAUAUGAUCGAGCCCGAGGCGUGUACGAGCGAUUCAUCCUCUGCCACCCGGAUGUCAAGAACUGGAUGAAAUACGCCAAGUGGGAAGAACGACUUGGCGCGGUUGAACAAGCCCGUGGCGUAUACGAAAGAGCCAUUGAAUUUUAUGGGGAUGAGUUUCUUUCUGAAGAUUUGUUCAUUGCUUUUGCGCGGUUCGAGGAGAGACAGAGAGAGUAUGAACGAUGCAGGUGCAUUUUCAAAUAUGCUCUUGACAAUUUGGCGAAAGACGCGCAAGAAGAAAUCUUCAAAUAUUUCUCUGCCUUCGAGAAGCGAUUCGGCAGCCGGCAAGGAAUCGAAGACGUCGUCUGGAACAAGCGAAGAAAGAAGUACGAAGAUCAGCUGACCAAAGACCCAGAAGAUUACGACACGUGGUUUGACUACUUGAGAAUGGUUGAGUCUGAAGGAGACUCUGAUGUGAUUCGGGAUACGUACGAACGGGCGGUGGCGAAUAUUCCAGAGUCGCCGAACAAAAACGACUGGCGGAGAUACAUUUAUUUAUGGAUUAUGUACGCGUUAUUUGAAGAAACAGAAAUGGGCGAUAUCGAGCGAACAAGAGAAGUUUGGAAAGCUUGCCUCGAGAUUCUGCCCCAUAAAAAGUUCACAUUUUCAAAAAUUUGGCUUCAUCUUGCGCACUUCGAAGUUCGCCAGAAAAAUCUCAUGGACGCCCGGCGCGUCUUAGGAGUCGCCAUCGGAAAGUGCCCAAAAGACAAGCUCUUCCGCGAAUACAUCGAGCUUGAAUUGCAACUUCGAGAAUUUGAUCGAUGCAGAAAGCUUUACGAAAAAUUCCUUGAAUAUGCACCGGCGAAUUGCACCACAUGGAUUAAAUUUGCUGAGCUGGAGACUAUUCUCGGCGAUCCUGAUCGAGCACGAGGAAUCUUCGAACUUGCAAUUACUCAGCCUCAGUUAGACAUGCCAGAAGUUCUGUGGAAAACAUACAUUGACUUCGAAAUCGACCUGGAAGAAAUUGACAACGCACGAACGCUCUAUCGACGACUUCUGGAAAGAACCUCGCAUCCGAAAGUUUGGCUCGCUUUUGCCAAGUUCGAGCAAGAUCAAAAGGAUCCCGAAAGUGAUUAUCAUCCGGCUAGAGAUGUGUUCCGAGAAGCUUCAGAUUCUCUUCGACAAGCUGGAGCCGAAAAGGUUGAAAGGCUUUUGGUUCUCGAGCAGUGGCUUGCAUUUGAAAAGGCUGAAGAUGAUGAGGCCAACCUCAAUUAUGUCAAGAGCCAAAUGCCGAGAAGAGUUAAAAAACGACGCCAACUCACCACAGAUACCGGUGCAGAUGCUGGUUGGGAAGAAUACUGGGACUAUAUUUUCCCGGAAGACGAGGUUGCCAAGCCGAACAUGAAUCUGCUCAAAAUGGCAAAAGAGUGGAAGAAAAAGAACGACUCCGAUUCGGACUCAGAUUCAGACUCAGACUAG